GACGUAAUUGGUAUGGCGAGGACAGAUAGCGGGAAGACUGUGUCGUUCGUCGUACCCAUGGUUGUGAGGUUGAAGACACAUAGCCGUAGGAUGGGGGCGCUUGCACAAUUACCGGGUGGGGGGUUGGUGUUGCAGACUAUGAAGGUUGUUAAGGGAUUUAAAGGUCGUACUGUUAGCGGAAGGGAAUAGUCUUGAGGGGCAGUUUGGGUGUAUGGUUGGGAAUCCUGAUAUGUGUCUUCUCUGCUUUUUUGCCUCCCUAAGUUAAUCUAUGAGAUUCUUAUAUCUGAUCGGCGAGUUGCAGGGUUAUUGCGACUCCCAGACAGUUUAUGCACUUGAAAGUUGUGAUAGAACAGGAUCUUAGGUUCGUUCAGUAUGUUGUCGUCGAUGAAGAGGGUCAUCAUUUCGAAUGGGUCUAUCAGCACAAUUGAGGCAGAUCUUGCAUUCAUUACCGUCUAAUGUCCAACUGCUACUUUUCUCCGCUACACCGCCGAAGUUGCCUAUUGAAUUUGUGAAGGCUGGCUAGCAAGAACCGAGUUUGGUUCGAUUAGAUGCAGACUCCAAGGUUUCUCAGGACCUUGAGAGCGCAGUUUUCAAGGUUAAGAGAAAU